GGCCGUGCCCACCCCGGCUCUGCGCUUUCCCCGCAGGAGCCAUGGCCGAGACCAUCCUGGUGACGGGCGGCGCCGGCUACAUCGGCAGCCACUGCGUGCUGGAGCUGCUGCAGGCGGGCUACGAGCCCGUGGUCAUCGACAACUUCCACAACGCCAUCCGAGGCUCCGAGGAGCUCCCCGAGAGCCUCCGGCGGGUGCAGGAGAUCGCGCACCGGCCCGUGCUCUUCCAGGAGCUCGACAUCACGGACCGGGCGGCGCUGCAGGAGCUCUUCGGGAAGCACCGCUUCUCGGCCGUGAUGCACUUUGCGGGGCUCAAGGCCGUGGGGGAGUCGGUGCAGAAGCCUCUGGAGUAUUACCGAGUGAACCUCACCGGGACCAUCGGGCUGCUGGAGACCAUGAGGGCCCACGGCGUGAGGAACAUCGUGUUCAGCAGCUCUGCCACCGUCUACGGGGACCCCAAGUACCUCCCUCUGGACGAGAAUCACCCGGUCGGGGGCUGCACCAACCCCUACGGCAAAUCCAAGUUCUUCAUCGAGGAGAUGAUCCGGGAUCUCUGCAGAGCAGAGAAGGACUGGAACGCCGUCCUCCUGCGCUACUUUAACCCCAUCGGCGCCCACGAGUCGGGGAUGAUCGGGGAGGACCCUCAGGGCAUCCCCAACAACCUCAUGCCCUACGUGGCUCAGGUGGCAGUGGGGCGCCGGGAAUUCCUGAGCGUCUUUGGGAACGACUACAAGACUGACGAUGGAACGGGUGUCAGGGAUUACAUCCACGUCGUGGAUCUGGCCAAGGGCCACAUCGCUGCUCUGAAGAAGCUCAAGGAGAAGUGUGGCUGCAAGAUCUACAACCUGGGCACAGGCACCGGCUACUCCGUGCUGCAGAUGGUCCGGGCCAUGGAGAAAGCCUCGGGGCGGGAGAUCAAGUACCGGAUCGCGGCGCGGCGCGAGGGGGACGUGGCCUCCUGCUACGCCGACCCCGCUCUGGCCGAGCGGGAGCUGGGCUGGAAAGCUGCCUUUGGCCUGGACAAGAUGUGUGAGGACCUGUGGCGGUGGCAGCUGCAGAACCCCACGGGCUUCAGCAAGAACUGAGCUGUGACCGAGGGCUGGCUGAGCCCAGGAUGCUGUGAGCCAGCCCUGCCUCCUUCCCGAGGGCUGUCACUGUCCUGGGAGGGCACUUCCAGCUCCCCCUCCUGCCUCUGGCAUGGGGCAGGAAGGCUGGGGCAUCCUCAGCCUCCCCCCUCCUCAUCCUCAUCCCCCAGGUCUUUGCAUCUCACAGAGCAGAACCACAACGAACAGAGAACAGAGCCAGG